AUGGAUAUGGAUGCCUCAGCCUCUACCGAAUCGCCAGAUGACCAAGAUGACUUUCCCAUUCACUGCAAAGGGUGUGGUGAGAUCCUUGAGGAAGGAAAGGCUUUCGAACUUGCCGGAAACCGAUGGCAUAUCGACUGCUUCCGAUGCCAUACCUGCGGCGCCUACCUCGAUUCCGACGUAAACCUCCUCAUGGUUGGCGAUGGCUCCCUCGUUUGCCGAAAUUGCGCCUACAGUUGCAGCUCCUGCGGCUCCAAGAUUGACGAUGUCGCUAUUGUUACAGGCGAACAAGCCUUUUGUGCUGGGUGCUUCAAGUGCCGCAACUGCAAGAAAAAGAUCGAAAAUCUCCGCUAUGCGCGAACUUCACAGGGUAUAUUUUGCAUGGACUGCCACGAAUCGUUGAUGUCGAGACGGAGGAAACGGACAGCCCGAAAUGCUGCGCAACGACAGAAGCCUCCAGCUCCCAAUAUGCAUCUGGACAAAUCACUUCCUUCUCUCCCUCCUUCCAUGAUGGUACCUGAAAACAGUGCUCCACCGCCGUCUUCUUCUGACAUAUACUCUGAUUCCACAUCAGAACAUCUUCCUCAGUCUAGACAAGAAGAGGACCGAGGAACUAGAUCAUACUCUUCAAAUCAUCAAGAUAACCAACUCCUCCCCUCAAGCACUUAUAAUAGCAAUCGUCACUCAGUAGCAACCCACAGGUCAGAUGGCUCCGGCAAUGAAGAAUUUCUCAUACCUGUUGCCUUUGACCCUACGCCAUCUGAGCAUGCUUCCCCACACUUAAGCUCUCCGAACUCAUCCAUGACACCGAAUGAUGGUCCUAAGGAUUACUUCGGCCGGGGAACCUCCAGUGCACUUGGAAUAACAGGAGAUGGGCCAUCCAUGCUAUCGCCAAGUCACAUCGCAUAUCAGGAUAAGCGACAAAUUAAUCCUAACCCGCAGCAGUGGCUCCAGGAAACGGUCACGCCGCCUCAAGCUCAGCCCUCAAUUAACUCUAACCAACGAUCUGACUCACAUAGUGCUCGAACUAGCAUGAACAUAGAUACUUCAAGGUUGUCACAGGAAGUUUCGAGAAGCAAGGAUCAAGUCAACUCUGAUCGACUUACCCCGGGCGAAAGGUCGUCUAAUCGCCAUUCAGUUCCUGGAAAGGAUGCCCUUGUGUCUCAAUCGUCUAACUUCAACCAAAGAAAAAAGGUAUCAAACGAGAAAUCCAACCCUGGGACGAUAUCCUCUCCCUCAAACCAGCUUCAGUACCCGCCCAAGAGAGGAGACUCCUUAGAAAGCAGCAAACUCCACCAGAAUAUCCAGAGGAAAGAUAUACCACCACCCUCGCUAGACCAUGCGGAAAAACCCGAGGGCACCGUUAGGUCCUCUACUAGCUCCGAUUAUGCAUCGGUAACAUCGAAGGUUAUCGAAAGCACUCCACCAACUCAGUCAAAUGCAACCGCAACGGCAGCUCCAUCACGUACCAGAUCCGCAUCUGGAAGUGCGAGCACUUAUACUUUACCUUCGGACACCCAGCGUCAAGCGUCUUCCGGAUCGUCUCCAGGCCUUCUCCGUUAUAGUGCAGUUGGCGACUUCUCCCUGGAUGAAGAUAUGGCACGAAUACUUGGUGAUGAUCCACAAGCUCAGGACUCGUUCCUACGUAAAGUAUCGAAUUCUGUUCGACACGGUAGAAGUUUCAGUGACAAAGGUUCACGGUUAUCUCGAGAGCUCAAAUGGCCAGCUAAAUCUCCCCCCGGCACAGAUAACCCUGGAAAUGACAUUAGUAGCCCAAUCCCUAGUGGCCUUGAAUCCAAGGAUGAAUUAAUCUGGCUCAGAAAUGAACUGAAACGAGAGCGCCAAAAGGUUAUUGAGAAGGAUCAGAAGAUUUUGGAGUUAGAAACUUCGCUUAAUGCUACUGUAAAUAUUAAGCAGGUCAACACAGAGCUACGGGAGAAACGGUCUACCAUGAUCUUCUUAGACGCCCAGAAGGAGAUCAUCCUUCGAGAGCUUGAAGUAUGGAAGGAACACAUUGCAGCUGAGAAGAAAAAUAAUAAGCCACUUGAUCUGGGAAAGAUGAGCAAUUCCGUUCUUCGAGAUCUUGCCGAAUCUCUUGAGAGCCUGAAAAAUACCUUUGCUCCACAGAUCGAGGAGUUGAUUCAGAAACGCAACGAUUUGGUUGAAGAAUUAGCUAACAUCGGGAGGAUGAAAGACAAGAGUUUCCAAGAAUUUGAGCAAUUGUCAUUGAAGAAUGCUCAAUUGGCAGAGCUAAACAAUCAGUUGGUACAUCAGAUUCAAGAGCUGUAUAAGGCAAAUUCAAAUACAUCCAGUGGUAGUAACCGGCAAACUCCAAACGGCCUGGGAAUAUACUCUCACCAGAAGGACAAGUCUAGCACCUCUUUAGAGGCACGCUCAACGCCCUAUGAAGCGGUAGCAUCCAACUCUAGCGUGACGGUGCCGGAAGAAGCCGAACCAGCAACUGUCAUUCAAGGCCCUCAUGUCGUGAAUAUCCGCAAAGGACAACCCAAGAAAUUCACCUGGAAGAAGGGCCAGAAUGUUGCGAAGGGAGUCACCAAGGGUCUCAAGGGUGCAUUCUUAUACCAACGAGAAGGUCAACUUAAUGAUAACUCUUCCAUUAUCUCCACAUCUCAGCAAGAAAGUAAUGGAUCAGGCAUGCCGCGCUCGCAAACGCAGGACCCAUCUCGGCAAGGGUUUGGAUUCUUUGGGAAUCAGAAAGGUAAACCUACUCCAUGGAAGGGGCAGUCUAACGGCAGUUCUCCGGGGUUAGAUACGCCAACGAGCCUUUUUGGUGGAGAGCUGGAGCAACGGUUGGAAAUUGAGAAAGCUGUCAUACCUAGUAUUGUCAUGCGUUGUAUCGAGGAAGUUGAGCUUCGAGGAAUGGACGUGGAAGGCAUUUACCGAAAGUCUGGAGGAAGUUCCCAAGUUCAAACUAUUCGUGAAGGUUUUGAGCGUUCUCGCGACUACGAUAUAUCGGAUCCCGACCUUGAUAUAAACGCCAUCACCUCCACUCUCAAACAGUAUUUCCGAAUGCUCCCAACUCCCUUGGUCACAUACCCAGUGUAUGAUAUUCUUCUUGAAGCAACAAAUGUGACGCCCAUUUCUGCAAGAAUCGAGAUGAUUCAGCAGGCUCUUCAAGAGCUCCCCCGCGUUCAUAGGGACGUUUUAGAGUUCCUCGUCUUCCACUUGAAACGUGUCGUUGAUCGCGAGAAGGAAAAUCUCAUGACCAGUCUUAACAUCGCCGUUGUUUUUGCACCUACAAUCUUACGUCCGGAGAGCUUGAGUCGUGAAAUGACGGAUGUCCAGAAAAAGAACGAAACGAUCCAGUUCAUGGUAGAGAACUGCCAAGACAUAUUCAUGGGUAUUGAAGAGUGA